GUCAGACUCGCGAAGUGAAGACCGGGACCCCCCCCGGUCCCUCCCCCCGUCCCCCACCCGUCCCCCGCCCCGCGAUGCUCCAUCGAUCGGUCACAUUGACUCUAUCUGCUAUCGACCAACAUGCGCCUUUCUCCGUGGCUCGUGUGGAUUUUAACUCUUCACACCGCAGCUCAGCAUCUCCCCCCCCGCGAGGAGGGAGGCGUGCGGCCCGCGGCGGGGACGCGCGGCCCCUGCGGCAGACCGGCGGCGGCGCGCAGGACCGGGAGCGCGGCUGUGAUCGGGCCUCUUGCGUGUGGAAGUCGGUGUUGCGUCGGAUGGACUUUCUCACCUGGAACCCGGCGGUGCACCAAACCCCGGUGUCUUCCCCGUUGCCAUGGUGCCUUGUUGUGCCGCCCGUCAAACCGGUGUGUGUGUCCACGCGGUUUCCAUGGUUACCGCAGUGAGUCGCUCCCGCUGACAGGCGGCUCUCCAGACCCGGCCUCCCCAAAUACCGGGAGCCUCGGCGCUCCCUCCGGUCCCGUCGCCACAACAACAACCGCCAGACCCGGACCGGGAGCUUCAGACCCGAUUCCACUGGAGACCUUAAAUGUUCAAGAGGAUGCCGAGAUCCUAAAUGCUGGAGUAGACAAAGGAGACUCAUCCCCAACAUUUCCUCAGGAGGGACGGAGAGCCGAGAGGACGGAGACGCAGGACUCCAACAACCUCCAGGAGAAGGAGGAGGGGAUCAGAGCCGGGCCUACCGGCCGCAAAACAGAUCCUUCCUCGUCUCAGACCGUGUCUCCACACCUAAGACAGAUGUCUCCUCCAGAAGACCAAGGAGUCCUCCGACAGGAGACAUCUACGUCCUCUGGAAUCCCAAAUCCGGAGUCCCGCUCUGGGACCGGGGCACAGAGGAGCGAGGAAGUUGCUGGGACAGCAGGGGGGAAGAAGAAGAAGGAGACCAGAGGAGCAAAGACGCAGUCGCUGAGUCUGAGGGAGGCCCAGGCCGUGAUGCUGAGGAAGACUCUGUCCCCGAGAAGAAGAGGAGACAGGAUGGCCGCCCUGCUGAUGAAGCACAUCGAGAAGGAGAGGAAGAAGGUUCUGACCGUGUCCUCAUCUCCUGACUCCUCUUCCUCCUCCACCUCCUCGUCAUCUACAGGAGACACUCAGAAGGGCCCGAUACAGCCUCUAUGUAGCUGCUGCUGGGGCUGACGGACAGACGUUGUCGGGAGGCCGAGGCGUGGAGAGGCUUCAGGUGACGUUCACGCCCACCGUCUGCCAGGUGCGCUGCAGCCAGGACCAAUGUGUCAACUACUGCGAGCAAGGCAACGUGACCACUCUGUACAGCAGCACCGAGGGGGGAGGAGGGGGGAGGAGGAGGAGGAAGGAGAGACAGCUCCCACGGACCUGGCUUCAGAGUGUUUCUCUGUCCUCUGCUCUGUAAGAACGGAGGCGUCUGUCUGCAGAAGGACCGAUGUCUCUGCCCACCAGGCUUCAGCGGGAAGUUCUGCCAGGUCCCCAUCGCGUCCUCCGCCUCCUCCUCCUCCUCCUCAACCUCCUCCUCCACCAACGAGAUUGUCAAGCCGGCGCUGGUCUCCGCCAUGGAGGCCAAUCAGGAGCUGACACAGUCAGAGUUCCUGCUGCCACUGAGACCCAGCCAGGAGACGGGCGUCUCCGGAGGUGAGUCUGACCUUUGA